AUGGCGACCUUUAUCCUUCGUAGACACUUGAACCCAAAUCGCCUCUCCUUGAGCCGCUUCAUCUCUACAUCCUCUUCUUCUCCUUCACACCGUCGUGUUGUUGUCACUGGUCUAGGCAUGGUGACUCCACUUGGACGAGGCGUUGAGACAACAUGGAAGCGUUUGAUUGAUGGAGAAUGUGGGGUUAGAGGAUUAACUCCUGAUGAUCUCAAGAUGAAUUCGUUUGAUGAAGAGACAAAGUUGUAUACUUUUGAUCAGCUUUCCUCUAACGUUGCUGCCUUUGUGCCUCAUGGAUCAAACCCAGGUGAAUUUGAUGAAGGGCUUUGGCUAAACUCCAAGGUAUCUUUAGCUCAAUCUCUUUCUUCUCUGUGCUUCUCGAAAGAAACUGGCUUUGAAGAUAUGAAUAAAUUGUAUUGUCGUGCAUUUUGGAUCGUGGAGGCGAUUGCGAAGUUCAUUGGAUAUGCUUUAUGUGCUGCUGAUGAAGCCUUGAGAGAUGCAGAGUGGUUACCAACCGAAGAGGGAGAUAAAGAAAGAACAGGAGUCUCUAUUGGCGGUGGAAUCGGAAGUAUAAGUGACAUUGUGGAGGCAGCGCAGAUGAUAUGUGAAAAGAGGCUGCGGCGGCUUAGUCCGUUUUUCAUCCCAAAAAUAUUGGUAAACAUGGCUUCUGGUCAUGUGAGCAUGAAGUAUGGAUUCCAGGGGCCAAACCAUGCUGCCGUGACAGCUUGCGCAACUGGUGCGCAUUCUAUAGGCGAUGCCACUAGGAUGAUUCAGUUUGGAGAUGCAGAUGUUAUGGUAGCAGGUGGAACUGAGUCCAGCAUUGAUGCUCUAUCUGUUGCUGGAUUCUCUAGAUCAAGGGCUUUGUCAACUAAGUUCAAUUCUUCACCGCAAGAAGCUUCACGGCCUUUUGAUUGUGACCGGGAUGGUUUUGUGAUAGGGGAAGGUUCAGGGGUUAUAGUAUUGGAGGAAUUUGAGCAUGCAAAAAGACGCGGAGCAAAAAUUUAUGCUGAGCUUUGUGGAUAUGGGAUGUCAGGCGAUGCACACCAUAUUACUCAACCUCCUGAAGAUGGAAAGGGAGCUGUUUUGGCUAUGACACGAGCCUUAAGACAGUCUGGUCUGUGUCCAAACCAAGUUGAUUAUGUAAACGCACAUGCUACAUCAACCCCAAUAGGCGAUGCCGUUGAAGCAAAGGCUAUUAAAACCGUUUUCUCCGAACAUGCUACUUCAGGCUCCUUGGCAUUCUCCUCCACCAAGGGAGCUACUGGUCAUCUUCUUGGAGCAGCUGGAGCUGUGGAAGCUAUUUUCAGCAUCCUUACUAUACAUCACGGUGUUGCUCCUCUGACACUGAAUAUCAAGAAUCCAGAUCCCAUCUUCGACCAGACUUUCAUGCCUUUAACCACUUCAACAGAAAUGCUCGUUAAGACCGCAAUGUCCAAUUCUUUUGGCUUUGGUGGAACAAAUGCAUCUUUGCUCUUUGCUUCUAUCUAA